AACAUUGAAACAUUUCAUUAUUUUAAGCCGUUUUUGGUCGACAGCGUUUCUGUCCAUGAGCCGAACACUUUUGCACAGGACUGUACAUAAUGUGCUGCUGAUGUGUUAUUGUCGUGGUUAACUGUUUUAAAAGUGAUAAACUGAAAGGCGUGUGUGUGUGUGUGUGCGUGCGCGUGCCAGGAUUCUUAUUUUUCCCUGUUGGUGGGUGUGAGUGUUUAACCCUGAAUGUUUUGGUCUUUAGUCUAGAUUUGAAGCUGCCGACAGCAGGAGCAUUUUUAAUGUCCUCUGGCAGUUGGUUCCAUAGCUGCACUGCAUAGUAGCUAAAAGCUGCUUCACCACACUUUGUUUUAACAACAGGUUUUAACAGUAAAUUUUUCUGCUGCGAUCUGGUAGAUCUGAUUGGGUUCGGCCGCUGCAACAUAUCAGAGAGGAGAAGCAGCAGAUGGUACCAUGUGAAAGCCUGAGGAUCAUGAAGGCCACACACAAGCUGCUGUUUGCUCUGUGCCCCAUGCUGGUCCUGGUCUUCAUCUACUACUCCUCCUGGAAGCUUCAUCACAUAUGGGGACACAAAUCACAUGUAGAUGUGGAGUCGUCUGUUUCUCUAAAGGUCACUAAACCUAAAGUGACUGCAGGGCCAAAAGGACCAGAACGGUAUGGAGCCACUAAUGAUUUCAUCAGAGCUUCUUUUCACGCGAUUGAGCCGGAAACGGUGGACGUCGUCUCCGAGGGACAGGUAGUCGACUCAGCAUUCGAUAACCAGGGCUUUCUUCUGACACUGGACGGAAAGCUUGUGGCCUGCUCGGAGCUUACGAGCUGUAUGGUUGCAUCUGAGCAGUCACAGCUAAACCCGGUGGAUUUGGUGCAGCAGUACGGGAACCUCAGCACCGGAGCCUGUAAACCCGGCUACGCCGCCGCCAAGAUGACUGCCGUCUUCCCAAAGUUUGUUAAGUCGGCACCGAUGUUCCUCAACCGUAACUUUAAACGUUUAGCGAAGAUCAGUAACUAUUUACCUCCAUUUGGGUUGAAAACACAAGAAAGAAUCAUAGACACAAUAUUAACUGAUACAAAGUCUUACGGACUGAGUCCUGAACUUGAAAGAUUGAGUUGUAAAAGAUGCAUAAUAGUGGGUAAUGGUGGAAUCCUGGCCAAUAAGUCUCUGGGCUCUCAUAUUGAUGAAUACGACAUUGUCGUGAGGUUAAAUGAGGCUCCGGUGAGCGGGUAUACCCGGGACGUUGGUACCAAAACCACCAUGAGAAUAACCUACCCCGAGGGAGCCUUCCAGAAGCCUGAACGUUAUGAGAAAGACUCUCUGUUCGUCUUCUCAGCAUUCAAACCUCUCGACUUUAAAUGGCUGAGGCACAUGAUCUCUCGAGAGAAACUGCAAGGUUCAGAGGGCUUUUGGAAGUCUGUGGCCCAGUAUGUGCCCAGGGAACCCUCCGAGAUGAGAAUUCUCAACCCGUACUUCAUCCAAGAAGCUGCAUUCCAGUUCAUUGGCCUGCCACUGAACAAUGGCCUCAUGGGUAAAGGGAACAUCCCAACACUUGGUACUGUUGCUAUAACAAUGGCCCUGCAUAACUGUGAUGAGGUUGCUGUUGCUGGAUUCGGCUACGACAUGAACACCCCUCACGCACCUUUGCACUACUAUGAGGCAAUCAAAAUGUCUGCCAUCAAAGAGUCAUGGACUCACAACAUCUCCAAGGAGAAGGAGUUUCUCCAGAAGCUUGUGAAGGCCAGCGUCAUCACAGACUUGACGAAAGGGAUCUGAUUUUCUCGGCGUGGAAGCGAGAACCCGAGGAUGCUGGGAAACCCAGUGAACAUUAAGGUGUACGGAUGCAGCUGUAGAAAAGAAGGACGUGAUGCUAUGACGAAAAAUGCGUAUGUGCCUUGUCAGCGAGGAGCUUCCUCUGACCUGGAUCGCAUCCUGAACAUCUGGAGAGACCCGGGUUCCAAACUCAUCUUCGAUUACAAGUAUAAUCAAAGACCCGAGAGGUGGUGAGCAGAAAGUGCGCUCGGCUGAUUGUGCCAAAUGUACCUCUUCAGAGGAGAAGGUUCUCCUCUACAACCUGAAUGUAUUCACUGUGUCCAUUCUGCCAGGUCUGAGUGUUUUUAUUUUAUCAUCACGCCUUUGUUUUUUCGUCCGCUCCACGCCAUCCUCGUCACUGGAAGGUCAGAGGUCAGCCUUCAGAUAGUGAUAUGAAGUGUAUUAUUAAGAAUGGAUGUUUAUCCUCUUUUUUUUUUUUUUUAAAUAAUAAUUAUUAUUUAUUACAUGAUUGAAGCCCUCUUUAAUUUGAGAGGAUUUUUAAUGUUCUACUCUGUUUAAUAGGAGGUUUGGUAUUUUAUAAUUAUUUUCACAUGUUAAUUAUUUGGGUUUUUUUUUUUCCUUUUUAAUUAUAUUGUAUUCUCUCUCUCUCUCUCUAAAUCAUCUAAAACUGGAAUUGAACAAUUCACAGCUUCGUCACGCCAAGCCGCCAUGCUGUUCGUGUCGUGCCUCUGUGUGUCGUACGGCGUCUCGCUGAAGGUGUUAAAGGUCCAGAAUACAAAAUGCCUGAAAAUACAAAUGUUUACUUUUUUGAUAACGUGAUCAGCUUUGCCAGGUUGAUGGUUGUUUUCCUUUGUACUUUUCAAAAAAGUUGUCGUCUGUAUUUCUACAAAUUUCUAAAUGUCACGGCUGUUCUUUGUAAUUUCAUAAGCUACCGUAUGUAUUUUAGAAGAAUGGAUGUAACAUUAUAUGAAUCACAGUCAGGGGAAAAGGAACCUCGCCAUUUUUUUUCCCCAGUACAUCAUUCGUUAUUUUGUUCGGAGUUGUUUUGUUGUUGUUGUUUAGUUUUGCACAUUUAGACAUUUUCGCUUUACAGAGAUUCAGACCGGACCCCAUGGCAAGCAAGCCAAAAAUGUGAGGACUUCCCCAGGAAAAAGUCACAUAAAAAGCAGACUUUAGAAGAGCCGAAACGGGAAACUAAUACAGGGGUCGACAAAUCAGGACGAGCAGAUUUCAUGUUUAGGCUAUUAAUAUUUAAAUUGGAAAAUCUGUUCAAAAAACAACUUUCUAUUGGCUUAGAGAAAACAAUCGCACUGCCUGCUGCACUACACACAUCAGAUCAGAAAAGGCUGAUUUUUACUGAUCGGAUUAAUGAGCGCUCACAGGAUGCAAACGGUUUUGGAAUUGGAGACAUCUAAUGUGUCUAACGCAACACUGAUACAUAGGCUAACUCUCUUCAGCUCCUCAUUGUUUAAAAUGACGAGAAAAUAAAAACGCUAGCCAGACCCUAAUUGUUUUACAUGCGAAGCUCAAAGCUGAUUUUUUUUUUCCUUCUCCCUCCCUGUUGCUGAGUUUUUGUUGCAUCAUCACCUGCUUUCUUAGAGCACUUAGUUCGCUAACUGGCUUGACGUAUAAUUAUUACAUUCCAUUAGAUACCAUUUUUCACCUCAUCAGUUAGGCUUCUAGGCCAAAACUUAGGACUGGGCGGCACACUGGAGCUUUUACUUACCUGGUUGAGCUCGCUAAUCAGUUUGAUGAUUUGUUCACCCUAUAAUAUCAGAAUUCAUACAAAUUUCUAGGCAAUCAGAUAAUUUCUGUUUAUUCUAUCCACAUUCACUGGAUAUGAGCAGUCACACGCUCUGAUUGGCUACUCUACAACUAGGAUAUCAGCUCAUAUACUGUGAGUAGAGAAAAACAAAAUGGCAUCAAGUCAGAUAUAUCACUUUAUCAAGUAUUUAAAAGAAACAGAAAUAGCUAAAGAAAAGAAUAUUUUUUCCCCAGUAUCUCCUGCUCCACACUCCAGCCCAGUCAGUGACAGGAAUGCACCUUUAAAUUGGUUUGCCAACUGGCAAAAAAAAAAACUAAAGAAGAAGAAAAUGGGCUGAGCGUGUUGCUGAACCAACCGAGGACGAAAUAAAAACUACUCAAAAACAAAACCCCAAAAAAUAAAAAAGCAACAAAAUAUGGAAAAGUAGUUGAUGGUAAGAACAUAUCUUUUUUUUUUUCAAGAAUUAUCAUCACAUUUUUCAGAAAUUGCUCCGGUCAUUUCGCCGGUUUGUUUGCAUUCUGAGCGGAAAUUAUUUUGUUGGACGUUUUGUAUAAAGUUUUUAUUUAUCAAAUUUGCAAAAAAUAAAAAUGCUCCGUUUCUCAAAAUCCAGUGAAUGUGGAGAGAAUAAAACAGUUAUUCCACUCAACCUCGUCGUACAUGGAUUAUAGACAACUCGGUGCUACGCGCCUCGUCAGCGAUCAGCUCACGUACGACUCGAUUUCGUGGAAUAACUUAAAUAUACCACAGUCUACAACAAGCUGGUAAUUUUAGGUGUAAAUGUAAUCCGUAGCGGAAUUACGAGGACACAUGAAAUUAACGGAAAUCUGCAGCUCGUGUGAGCUUCAUCUCAACAAGUCUGGAGUAUGUAUGACUGGAAAUGAAUGGAAUUUGGGAUAUUACUGCAGUUUGUCACUAAAGAAGCUGCAGUGUCAUGUUAACAAAAUGUAAGCAAGUGAUUUCCUUCGAAAUGUAUAUCUAUAGAAUUAUCUUCACCAGCAUAAUAAAUAUGUUGGCCAUUUUUAAGGUUUGGGAAAUGUAUUUAAUCUUAGCCGAGUUUGACCAUGCUUGGAUUUGUGAUCAAUAUAUCAGUACACACGCACAAAAGAGAGAAGCAAAUUUGUCCAGAGUGAGCAGAAAGGUCAAACUCGGCUAAGCGUAUCAUAUUUAUUAUGUUUGGAGAUCUGUGUAAUGCUGGAUACAGAGUAUCUGAAUCUCAUGCCAAAGAUAUGUAUGCAGUAAUGUAGUAUUAUGAAGUGCUUCCUAACGUAUGUCCCGAUCUCUGUCAGCACUUCGAGAACUGAACAUUCUUCUAACGCGUGGACUUCUUCAUCGUUACUGUCUUGCCUGGUUUCCCAUCGUUUUGAUGGACCGAUCAUCAUCGCAGCAGUGACCGCAGGAUGAAGAGUGGUUGAUCAGUCAUUUCGACAAACCUGGACACGUUGUGUAAAGCUUUCUGUCAAAACAACUGCCAGAUCAUUGAGUCAACCAGAACAUGCAUGAUGUCCAGCACCUCCCAUCGCCUCUCACAUAGGUGGGGCUGUCUGCUGUCAGUUGAUGUAAGAAUAAAUAAAAUUUAAAAAAUGACAAA